AUGACCGAACCAUCAAACUGGCUCCCCCUCACCCCCGCCAACGUCCGCGCCGCCCACGCGCGCAUCGCAUCCCACAUCCACCGCACGCCCGUCCUAACCUGCCGCACGCUCGACCGCAUCGCGUCCACGCCGCAGGACCCAGCCGACCUGGUGGGCACGGCCUGGGAGGGCCAGACGCCCGCGCGGCCGCGGUUCCGGUUUUUCUUCAAGUGCGAGAAUCUGCAGCGCAUCGGGGCAUUUAAGCCGCGGGGGGCGUUUCAUGCGGUGCUGAGGCUGUUGGAUGAGAGGGGGAAGAAGAGGUUAGGAGGAGGGGGGUUAUUACGCAUAGUUCUGGCCCUCGCCCUCGCAGCCGCCACGCUCUCCAUCCCCGCGUACAUCGUCAUGCCGUCCAUCAGCACGCCCUCCAAGAUUGCAUCGACGCAGGCGCUGGGCGCAAAAGUCGUCUUUAGCGGCUCGACCAGCACCGAGCGCGAGGCCGUGACGGAGCGCAUCCAAGCCGAGACGGGAGCCAUCUUUGUCCCGCCGUACGACCAUCCGGACAUCAUCCUGGGCCAGGGCACGGUGGGGCUGGAGCUGGAGGAGCAGUAUGCGGAGUUGAAGAAGGGGGAGAAAGAACAUGGUGAGGAUAAUGAUGAUGAGGAACCCGUUCUCGACGCCGUCUUCACGCCCAUCGGUGGAGGGGGUCUCAAUGCCGGUGUUGCGACGUACUUUUCUUCCACCACGGAGGAAGACAAUUCUUCUUCCUCCAAGAAGAAAAAGACAAAGGUUUUCGGCGCAGAGCCCUCCUUCGAAGGCGCCGACGACUGCCGGCGCGGUCUGGCAGCAGGAUCCCGCAUCGAGACCGUCUCGUCCAAGACCAUCGCCGAUGGCCUGCGCACGCCGGUCGGCGUCAACAACUGGGCUGUCAUCUCGGACCCGAGCAAGGUCGCGGGCGUGUACGCCGUCAGCGACGAGCAGAUCAAGAAGGCGAUGCGGCUGGUGCUGGAGCGGAUGAAGGUGGUGGUCGAGCCGAGCGCGGUGGUCGGGCUGGCCGUUUGUCUGUUCGACGAGGAUUUCCGCCGGCUUGUCGAGAAGGAAGGCGGCGAGAAAGGGUGGGAUGUAGGCAUCGUUUUUAGCGGGGGCAAUACGACGGUCGAGGCGAUUGCUAGUAUGUUUGGCAGUAAAUAG